UCUGUUUUCUGCAUGAUGGUGAAGUCCGUCAUCGCUUUCAGUCGCAGUCGGAAAAGAAAAAGGUGGAUUAUUUUCGCAAAUUGCAAGCAUAAAAAAUCGGUCAAACAUUAUUAUAGUCUAGUGGUAGCAGCUUUUCCAGAAUAUUAGUGAAACACAGUGCAUUUUUCAGCAAUUAAAAGUCCAUGUGUAAAUCGAUUGAAAAUUGAACCUUGCAAAAGUGAUUGAGAUCAACCAAUAUCCACCCGUGACAAAAAAAAAAUCAAUGGUGCCUGGAAUUUCGACUCGACGGAAUUGCGAAUCGGGGGUGUAAUAAUUGUAACACGAAAGCAAGUAGUUUUAUCAAGCGUUCGAUUGUUUUCAAUUCGUGGUAUUCUGGAAGAAAAUUAUCAAAGUAGUGUUCAUUUCGUUCCCGACUUGCUUCGGAACGUAUCGUGCUGGCCGUUCGCGGGGAAGCCUUAUUAGGAAUAUCGAAGGCAGCCUCAACAAGCAAAUGGUGUUGCCUUUCUUAUGCUCCAGUUCCCUUCAACGGCGGCGACAGACCUCAUCGUGAAGGUCGACGAAAGAAUAGCAGCAGCAACAGCAGCGGUGAUUGUUCCGUUCCGUGCCAAACCUGAGGGGCGGACACGGAUCCGUGGUGUGCAGUAGAAAGUAAACAGCAGUGCUGGAGUGUGUCCGUGGGGGAAAGCAAACACAAUGUCAAUAACGGGAAACUAUGACCACUACCAUCGGAGCGGAAGCGCUGGUAGUGGUGGGCCGGAUCGGCCCGAACGGUGCGUAUGCUGCGUCCGGACGAUGAAGUGGUUUCCGGUGCUGUUCAUCGUGUCCGUCAUCGGGUGGUCUUACUAUGCCUUCGUAGUGCAGCUUUCGUUUUUUACCGUAACCAGCAUCGUACAGAGGAUACUGUUUCUGCUGUUUUACCAUCUGAUAUUGAUCAUGUUCCUGUGGUCCUACUACCAGACCGUGUUCACCGACAUCGGACGAGUGCCGUCACGGUUUCGCGUGCCACGGACGGAGCUGGACCGCCUGUUGCGGGCCACCAGCGAGGAAGAGCAGAAGCAAAUCCUGGAAGCGUUCGCCAAGGAGCUACCGAUCGUGACGCGCACCCUGAACGCGUCGGUUCGCUUCUGCGAGAAGUGCCGCCUGAUCAAACCGGACCGGGCGCAUCACUGUAGCGUGUGCGGCGUGUGCGUACUGAAGCUGGACCAUCACUGCCCGUGGGUGAACAACUGCAUCAACUUCACCAACUACAAGUACUUCAUUCUGUUCCUCGGGUACGCCCUGCUGUACUGUUUGUACAUUGCCUUCACCACGGUCAUGUACAUGGAACUGAUCUGGAGUGUGAGUGGAAGCGAAGGCAAGGUCGACGGCCGGUUCCACAUUCUGUUUCUGUUCUUCGUUUCGUUGAUGUUUGCCAUCAGCUUAGUGAGUCUGUUCGGAUACCACUGCUAUCUGGUGCUGCUCAAUAGGACUACGUUAGAAUCAUUCCGAACGCCAAUAUUCCGGUACGGUGGGCCGGAUAAAAAUGGUUUCAGUCUGGGAAAGUUCAACAAUUUCCAGGAGGUGUUCGGAGAUGAUCGAAAGCUGUGGUUUGUGCCGGUGUACACAAGCCUCGGGGAUGGCAUGGUGUAUCCGGUGCACGCGUCUCAUCUAACGGCGGCUCCAUUGGCCGCGUCACCGGGCAUGACCCCGGCCGUAUCGUCGGAAUUUAGUGCUACCACGCGCAUCACAAUGAUGACGAGCAAAGACGAUGACCGGCCGAUGAUGAUGGGAGACGAUGACGGUGGCUUUGCUAGCAUCGAGGACGAUCAUCAGUACAAACCGAACGGCAUGCAGCAGCAACAGCAGCGACAGCAUGAGAACGGAGUUCCGUACCAAAACCGUCCAGAGGAUAUCGUUUGAACGAUGAGUGUCCGUGAGGUCGAACGAGAGUGAUUCGGAUGAGUGAAUGAGGAGAUCGUAACUGUUGAGUGGUGUAAUAUUUCAGAGGAACGCUUACUUUAAAGCUACGUAAAAUGCAAUCAUGAUUUCUUGGUCUAAUAUUCUAUUCUAUUUGUUAGAACACGUAUACUUUUUAUCCUAUUUUAAAGGAGUUUAAUCACUCUUAACGAACGUACAAUUGUUACCAGAUCAAUCACAAUCAAUCAACCAGUCGGUCAGUGGGAGCCCUAUAGAUUUUAUAAAAUCUCUGCUUCCAAUAAGUACUUUGAGUGCACAUUAGCUUUAUGAAUGAAUUAUCCUUACAAUCAUAUGAAGAAGUUAACUUGUUUAAUCAUGAUUAAGAUUUUCACCGAAUAAUAUAACUACCUAUAAAUUAUUUUUUGGAGAACAGCUUUGUUUAGCAGAGUAUUGGUAAGUUAUUAGUGGGUAAUGCUCUUAAACUGUCCAAUGUUGCGAAUUUAAUCGUUGUAUGUUGAUAGUUAGAAAAAUAUAAAAACAUUCACGGUGAUUUACGCAAACCGCGACUUAGUUUUCCAGCUCAUUGCUUUCAGUGUCUGUAAGUCAUAGAUUCUAGUGUAAACAAUGGGGUUGGGGGUCUAAAGGAAGCCCUAAACUAAGCCUUGAACGUGAAAUCUUAAUGACUGCGUAAGAGAAUUCCAAAACGAAAUUCAGAAAUCAAAUGCAAAGCAGGCGAGAAUGAUAAACGUGGAUCGCGAAUAAAAUCAAGUUCAAACACUUUUGCCUAAGUGGUAUGAUUCCGUACUACUACUACUACUAUUGCUACUAUCACUAAUUAUUAUUUUGUUGUGCAGUGUAGAAAUGGAAAUAUGUGUAGCUAGCUAGUAUAUGUUCAUUUGUUGUGAAUUAGUUCUAAAAUUAAAUGUGAAGAAAAAAUCAAAUUUAAAAAUAUCACGAUAUGAAACGUUUGUGAGAAAUAUGGUUCAGAAAAUUUAUAAUAAUAAAUUAAAUUCGAAAUGA